ACGAAGAAGAAGCGCAGGGAGCAUUUUCUAAUCGUGGAAAUGGCGCUUUGCGUAGAAACCUGAAGUCAGAGGCAGCAUCUCGUGCUUGUUAGUCAAUUAAAGCGCCCAAGGGUCUCUAGGCAUAAGUUGUACAUUGCAAAGGAGCGGAUUAUGACAGUGGAGAGAGGGAAUCGGGAGAUUCGUCAAGGAAAACAAAACAUCCGUGGCUCCGAUAAAGCCGUCAACAUCAUCGGACAGUGAACAAUGCAUGACCUAACUGCCCAAGUCACCAGCAGCCUGCUGCCGUUCCCAAGAGUGACCAUAGAUGCUCUAGGGGAAGAUGAGAUCACCCUAGACUCUGUGCUACAUGGGAAGUUCACUGUUGGCCGCAGCGGGCUGGCCUGGCUGGCCUGUGGCCCCCAGCUGGAGGUUGUCCAUGCAGUGACAGGAGAGCGGCUGUCUGCGUACUGCUUCAGCGGAGGAGGCGAGCACCCACCCUGUGUCCUUGCAGCCAGAGACUUCAGCUGGCUCAAACGGUCUGGAUUACUGGUUGGCUUGGAGGAAGCAGAGGGCAGCAUGCUGUGUCUUUAUGACUUGGGACUGUCGAGGGUGGUCAAAGCUGUUGUUAUACCAGGCAGGAUUACUGCUAUUGAGCCGUUGGUGAGUUAUGGCGGUGCAAGCGCUUCGACGCAGCAUCUUCACCAGAGUCUGCGCUGGUUCUUUGGCAUUGCCGCCGUAGUAACGGAUCUCGGUCAUGUUCUGCUUGUGGACCUCUGUCUCGACGACCUGUCCUGCAGCCAAAGUGAACUGGAGGCCUCAGACCUGCAGGUAGUGACUAAGUCUCCUGCCGAGAUCCCCCGGCUGAGAGAAGUCAGCACCAGUCAGGGCAGACAUCUUUGUCUCCAGCUGAAUGGGCCCAGUGGAGUUGGAGCCACAGCUCUGCAGUACAUCUCCAGAACCAACCAGCUGGCGGUGGGAUUUUCAGAUGGAAUCUUACAGCUGUGGAACAUGAAAACUCUAAAGAAGGAAUACCACUCCCAGUUAGAGGGUGGCAGGGUGCCUGUGCAUGCCUUCACCUUCCAGGAGCCAGAAAAUGACCCCAGGAACUGUUGCUACCUCUGGGCUGUCCAGUCUUCUCAGGACCUUGAGGGAGAUAUGGUCAGCCUCCGCCUGCUUCAGCUGGCCUUCAGUGAAAGGAAGUGUCUAUCUUCUGGGAAGAUCCUCUAUGAGGGUCUGGAGUACUGUGAGGAACGUUACAGUCAGGAGUUAAGUGGCACAGCUUUCCCUCUCAGGGCCCAGACAUCCAACACCCGCCUGCUGAGUUGCCAGACCAUCGAAAAGUUCCGAGCCCAUCCCGACAGGGAUGACAGCAUGAACGAAGUGGCAUCUCCAGACACCAGCGUGUCCAUCUUCAGCUGGCAGGUCAAGGUCUACGGUCAGGGAACCCCAUCUACUUGCAUCGGGGUUUUUGACAUCAACCGUUGGUACCACGCACAGAUGCCAGACUCUUUGAGAACGGGAGAAUCUCUGCGAAAUUGUCCCUACCUGGCAGUUUGGUCUCUGGACUCGGUGGUGCAGAUGGUGCCUCAACACGUCCUCCUGGAUGUGGUGGUGCACGAACGCAGCCUGAGCAGGGGCCUGCCCUUCACCUGCCCCCCACCAGAACAGUACUUUAACCCCACCACAUAUAACUUUGAUGCUACCUGCUUGUUCAACUCUGGAAUUGUGCACUCAACCUGCUCGGGGUACCAGAAAGAGACCCUGAGCUUUUUGAAGAAAGCGGCUCCUUGUUCCAGUGACAUCAUCUCCACCAGCUAUUCUCGUUGCCUCAUGUCCGGCCUUCUCUCAACUCUCCUCGCUGACACCCAGCCCUCCAGCCUCUCUCAGGAGGAGCAGCUGAAUGCCAUCUUGUCCACAGCGGUGGAGACCAGCUCCCUGGGACUGAUCACUGGCUGUAUCAAGCAGUGGACUGCAGAAGAACAACCAGGCUCUGCACUGAACCUGCGCUACAUCCUUGAUUGGGCCUGGAACAAAGUGGUCCAGACCAAAGAGGAACUUGAUGGCAUCUGUGCACCGCUGUUCGACAGCUCAUCCAACUUCACAGACCCUCAGACCUUGCAGCUGCUGCAGCACAGCCAGAGGCUGCUCAGUAACCUCAGCACCAUCUUCCACUGUCUGCUCAGUGAAGCUCAGGAGCUCACACAGAAAGGCCUGGUGGGUCUAAUGAACAAGAACAUGGUGUCCAGUCUGAUUUCCAAGUACGCUCAGGUGGUGCUCUGGUUCUGUCGGACCGGUCUACUGCCUGAAGGAUCAGCCUACGACGCUCUCCAGAUCUCUAGGCCUUUCUACACUCACUCGGCCAUCAGCAACUACUACACUAUACGCAGAGAGGAGCUCACCAGGCUGGCUAAGGGCAAGUGGUGUGCAGACUGCCUGAUGAUUGACGGUUUGGUUGGUCAGUGUGGUGAACGCUUGACCAACCUGUGGAAGAGGGAUGAGAUUGGGACAGGGCAAUACCCACCACCUACAUUGCAUGCCUUGUUGGACAUUUAUCUACUGGACAACAUCGACGAGGCUGCCAAACAUGCAAUUGUGAUUUACCUGCUGCUGGAUGUUAUGUACUCCUUCCCCAAUAAGGAGGGAGCAUCAGUGGAGUCUUUCCCCCCAGCGUUUGCCAUCCCUAUUGGACUGGUGAAGCUAGUGCAAGGCCUCUGGCUGCUCGACCAUCAUGACCACCAGAGUUCAUUCGAGUUGCUCCUGCAUCCAGCUGCCUCUCAGUGUCCGUUUGAGUGGCAGCACGAGCGUGUGCUGCAUGCACUGAUGUGCCAGGGCCAACAUUCGGUGGCACUACGAUACUUCAACGUUACGAAGCCCCCAAUUUCCUCCAACUCUCAGGCCAAACUCUGCCUGUCUGUACUGAUACACAACAGGUGUCUCAUCGAGGCGUGGUCCUUACUUCGGCAGCACUCUAAUCGCCUCAACAUGGGAGAGCUGCUGGGCUUCCUGUAUGAGAGCUGCCAGGAGCUGGGCCUCAUCAAGGAGCUGCUCAAACUGCCCCUGAGCAUCACUGAGCAGGAAUGUUUGGAGAAGUUUCUCCAGGGUACAGGGGGUCUCCAGAACAGAGAACUGCUGAUGGUUCAUUACCUUCAGCAGGCCAACUACAUUCCUGCCCUGCAGCUCAACCAGACCCUCAAAAUGAACCUGGUGAAUGAGCGAGACCCAAAGCUUAAAGAACGGUCCAACACCAGGAACUCCAUAUUGGAGCAGUAUGGCAAAGUUCUGCCCAGAGUCCAGAGAAAACUGGCGAUGGAGAAAGCAAAGCCGUACCAGCAUCCCUACGCCACCCACCGAGAAGUUUCUCGGCCACAGCCGCUGUCAACCAUCACCAAACGCUCCGUCAGUGAGAAGGUGAUGUCGAGGGCCGGCUUCAUCAACAACGUCCUGACAAAGAUUGAGGAGGUGUGGUCGGGCAAAGGAGCUACACCACAGUCCUCCCCAGCCAGAGGGGCAGCUGAUGUUCACAGCCCCAAGCCCUCCUCCUUAUCCCUUUCUGACCCCUUCCUGGGAACUCCUAUCACCAUGACCUCCAGACGAAAGUCAAGGCUGAUGGACUUGGUGGUUCACCCCUCCUGUCAGACCCCCCGCCUCCUUCUUAGUCCUCCCAGCUCCUGGGUUUCUCCAAAGAGCACCAGCAAGGCCCCUGAACUCGGUCUGCUGCAAACACCGCAGGUUGUCAAGCGAGCUCGGGCUUUGGCUGCUUCUGGGCCUGUGUUCUCAGCCUUCACUCCCCAGUCCAUCCUGCGCAGCAGCCUGAGGCCCACACCCGUCGCCACCCCGUCUGCUUCUCCAGGACGCUCCAUCACCCCCCCACUCCGCAGCAAAGAGAGCCGCAUCACCUUCAUCGAAGAGGCAGAAUCUCCUGAACCGGAGAAGGGCAUCCGAUGGACCAAUGGGGUGGCAGCAGACAGUGAGAUUAGUUUGCUGACUAGAGGCCCCAUGCUAUCCAAGGCUACUCAUAAGACCUGGUCUUCACAGCCUGCCGAGGAGGACGAGGAUGGAGACGAGGAAGGGGAACCUCAACUGAAGUUCUUGCCUCCAGAAGGUGGUAUUCCCUCCCCACUGCUGAGAAGCUUUGAGACCGAGCCAACCUCCGUCCAUGUAGUGGGUGCAGAAACCACACCAUCGGAUGCAACACAAGCGCAACUUAGCAUGAGCUUUGACACCAGCCAUACAUCUGUCCGUUCAACAGACACCACUCUAGAGUUUUAUGAUGCGCAACUUCCUGGUCUCUCAGAGGGAGAGGAGGGGUACACAGCGACAGAGAAAGUAGAUGAGGUAGUGACGGUGAACAUCAAAGGCCUUACUGAAAAUCAAGAACCAGAGGAAAAACCUUUACCAACCACUGAGCAAACUCCUCUCCUGGCAUCAGAGGAUAUAGAGAAGGAAGAAGAAGAAGAGGAGGUGAAGGAAGAAGAAACAUUUGAAGACGUGAUGGAGAGUGGUCUGGAAGAGGAAGUUAAAAACGAUGAAGAAGUUCAGUCUAAAGAGGAGGAAGAACAGGAUGUUGAGUCCAGUAGCGAACAUGAAGAUGCUGCAACUCUUCAUCAAGAAGAAGAGAUGUCUAGUCACAAUCAAGUUUGUAACCAGGUUACUGAGAGAACAGACUCUGGCGCUGAGGUUGAAUCUCCGGAUCUAUCAGUGGGACCCGACAGCCAGACAGAGGCUACUGAAUUCACAGAGUUCCCUGAUUAUCUGAAACCAUCUGCUGCAGCCACGGAACCCACAAACGACCCAGAAGAGGAUCUGGAGCAAUCAACAGAUCUGACAGAGUUUGUGCAGAGACAUCUGUUUGGCAGCGAUCCGUCUCCUCCGCUCACCCGCUCAGGAAUCCACAAUGCAUCACAGAACCAGGCGUCCUUCAACAGUGAGUCACCAGGUGAGGUUGAAGAGGAGGUGCAGGAAGCUGCUGAAGCUCCACUAGUGUUCACCAGCCAGAAGUCUUCUGCCUCUGUGACAUCCUCCGAGCCCACUGGCACAGACUCCCACUCUGUUGUGAGUGUAAACGAUAGUGAAGAGCUUUCUAGCGCUGAGGAGGAGGAGGAGGAGGAGGAGGAGGAGGAGGAGGAGGAGGAGGAAGAAGAAGAUGAGGAUGAGGAGGAGGAGGAGGAGUCUGUUCAAGAUGACGAAGAGGAGGACUCUGGUAGUGAGGUGGAGAUUAUUGAUGAGGUCCAGGGUAAUGGGAGGCUGCCACCCCUCCAACCGAGUGCAGUCUUUGUACAACAGACACACACACACUUCCUGCCAAGUCUUUCAGUGCAGGAGGCUGCAGAGUUCUCUCUGAUCACGCCCGGUGCAGAGAUAAAGAUGGUAGAGGAGGACAUGGAGGGAGAGGUGGUGAUGGUGAGACUUGGUGUGGAUGAAGGAGUAAUCGAGGCUGUUGAGGAUGAAGAGCAAGGAUCAUCAUACAUGGAGCUCAAACCUUCUACCACUCUCCUGGUACCCCUGGAACUUGUGGAGGGACAGGGCGGCCUGGUGGAUAGUUCUCAGCUGUGUCUUCCUGAGCUUCAGCAAACCCUUGUGCCAGAUGACCCGAGGUCUGAAACUCACAGCGGUUUCUCUCUGAUGCUGGAUGAGGACGGGGAUAAAGAUGAGGACACACUUCCAAUGGAGAAUGAUCUGCAGUCUUCCGAACCGCCAACCCUGUCUCCAGCAGUGGAGGCUAUUGAUGAACUUGUGGCCAAACCUGAGUUUAUUCUAUUGGGCACAGAUGAUCAGGAUCCUCCUCUGUCUGGAGAAAUCUCAGAAGAGGACCAGAGGAAAGAGAUGGAUACCUUGGAUGGAAUUGAGUUAGAUGAACCAACAGAGUCAGAACUUUCUGACUUACAAACUGAAAACACUGGCAGAAACCUCGAGACAGAAGAUGCUAAAGAACAGAGCGAUGCAGAGUUAGAAAUGUUGGUUGAAGAUCAUGAACCUGAAGGUCUUUCACUGUCUGGACCUAGUCCAGUGGGAGAAUUCCCAGCUGCUAUGCUGGCUGAAGAUCAUGAACCUGAAGGUAUUUCAGUCUCUGGAUCAAGUCCAGUGGGAGAGCCUUCAGCAGCAAUGCUGGCUGAAGAUAUUUCAGUCUGUGGACCAAGUCCAGUGGGAGAGCCUUCAGCCUUGAUGCUGGCUGAAGAUCAUGAACCUGAACGUAUUUCGGUCUCUGGACCAAGUCCAGUGGGAGAACCUUCAGCAGCAAUGCUGGCUGUAGAUCAUGAACAUGAAGGUCUUUCGGUCUCUGGACCAAGUCCUCUGGAAGAACUCCCAGCACCAAUGCUGGCUGAAGAUCAUGAACCUGAAGGUCUUUUGGUCUCUGGACCAAGUCCACUAGAAGAACUCCCAGCAGUAAUGCUGGCUGAAGAUCACAAACCUGAAGGUCUUUUGGUCUCUGGACCAAGUCCACUGGAAGAACUCCCAGCAGCAUUGCUGGCUGAAGAUCAUGAACCGGAAGGUCUUUCGGUCUCUGGACCAAGUCCACUGGAAGAACUCCCAGCAACAAUGCUGGCUGAAGAUCAUGAACCUGAAGGUCUUUCGGUCUCUGUACCAAGUCCACUGGAAGAACUCCCAGCCACAAUGCUGGCUGAAGAUCAUGAACCUGAAGGUCUUUCGGUCUCUGGACCAAGUCCACUGGAAGAACUCCCAGCAACAAUGCUGGCUGAAGAUCAUGAACCUGAAGGUCUUUCGGUCUCUGGACCAAGUCCACUGGAAGAACUCCCAGCAGUUGUGAAUGACAAAGACUCUUUGGCAGAGAAAGAUGCUGCUGAGGAGGAGAUGGGAGAGGAGGAGGACAAACCAGCACCUGCUGAGGACCAGGAAGAGCUUGAAGAGAAUGGGCCUGUUAAUGUUGACACGGAGAUGACCCACACUGCAGAGACAGUGACUGUUGUGGAAGAGAAGCAGCUGGAUCACAAAGCCUUAGCAGAGACAGAAGAGGAUAACGGGGAAGAAAUUAAGACGGAGAAAGAAACAAAAAGGAGAAAGGGAAGGCAGAGAAAAGAUAAAGAAGUUGAAGAGAAACCUGUAAAGCCGAUUUUGAGCUCAAAUAGCCAGCCAGAGGAACAGCCUAUAUUAGACACGUCCACUUCUCACAGGAAAAACAAAGCUCCUUCAACACCUACACGGAGGACCACGAGAGGGAGGACGGUUACCUUCAUCUCUCCCCUCCCGGAAGAAGCAGAAGAGCCAGAAACGAGCACUCUGCUUCCUGCCUCGCCUAGUCGUACACCUGGAAAAAGUAAACGGAACAAAGGAACUAAAGUCCAAGCUACCACACCUCGAAGAAGUUCUCGCAACGCUCAGCCAGAGCCUCCGAAAGACGACGUUGAAGAGGGGUGCGCCGCGGAUAAUGACACCACGGUUUCUUCGACAUCCAAGGUCUUUUCUCCAGCCAGACAUCAGGUUUCCCAGAAGGCCACCUCAACAAGGAAAAGCCAAAGGACCCAAAGUGAGGAGGAGGAAAUGGAUGGGGUCACAGAUACAAAAGUUUCUCGACGAACAAGCUCCACGACUUCCACACCGGCCAAACGCAGGGCCACUCUGAGAAACACUCCAAAGAGGACCAGCAGAAGGAUAUUGAGUACCAGUGAGGUGGAGUCAACGCCAUUAGAGAUCUUGGAAGAAGAGAAAGAACAGGUGGAGGUCUUUGCAACCACUGUCAAACGCAACUCCAGGAAAAGCAAGAUGGACUCAUCAGAGACUCAGCCGGCCCUGCUGGAGAAGGAAGAGGAAGACCGCAAAAACCCUUCCAGCCCCAGCAGGGCGUCUCGGCAGUCCAACCGGAUUACCCUAAGUGUUUAUCCACAAGUGAAACUGGUUCCUGUAUCACUUCCUCAGAGUUUAAGGAAGAUGAGAGGAGAGACGAUUACUGGAAAUAUAAAAGAAAGUGGAGUUCUACUGGACCCUGAACUUAACAGCAAAGCUGGUCUCUCCAACUCCCGCCGCCCAACUCGAAACAAACUCUGGGAUUACCCUGAGGAAGACCUUCCCUUACUGGACUCACCGUUGGAGGUAGAUUCUAAAACCCCUGUCGCAGAUGCCCUCAUCAAGAGACUUCAGGAUGAGGAAGAGAAGCGGGAAGGAGGAGUAGUCGUCACAAAGAUGAUAAGAACCAGCAAGAAGAGUGCGAAGUUGUCAGUGGAGCAGGUUCACUCGCUACUUCCUUUAAACCAAAGCCUGGUCCCCGAACCCGAAGAUGAAGAGCCUCGUCCAGGCGAGCAUUCAUUCAUCUACUCCCCCUCACGAAGAAGAACAAGAGCCACCAGAGCAGAGUCUCCUAGCACGAGUGAAGAGUCUGCAGCGCCUGUCACUCGCAGCAGGAGGAAGGUUGUCAGAGAUGUUGCUCCUCCUGAUGAAAUUGAAGAAGAUCUCGUGGAAGUGGAGAAAGCAUCAGGUUCUACUAAGACCAGAAAAGCAGGCAAACGAACAGCCAAAUCCAAAGCAGUUUUGGAGCCGCCUCCCGUAGCAGAGGUGGACCUGAUCUCGCCUCUGCCCAGCCCAGCUGAUCCGUUCCCGCGAGCACAGAAGAGGAUUAAAGAGGAAGAGGCCCCGACCUCGAGCAUGAACCUUCGACGCAAACGCAUAAUGGAUACAGUUUUCACAAAACCCAUCACACGGAGGAAGAAACUUUAAGGAGGUUGGUGGGGGUUUUAACCGGUGAACCUCAGACAGCCACCAGUAGAUUUGAACCAACUCUGUCAGGAGCUGUCAAAUAAAAGUGUAUGCCUAAACUCAUGACGGUUCUAGUUCCUCAAAUGCCUCACAGUGCUGCUGUUGUCUUUGUAUAUUUGCUUUCCUUGUAGGACAAUAAAAAAAGAAAAGAAAAAAGAAGCAAUGUAGGCAUGAAGAUAUAUUUUUGGCACACGACACACUGGUGGAUAGCCGUGUGAGAGAGGCAUAUAUUUUUGGAGUUUACACAUCGCGCUCGUACUGACUGGAUUUCACUUGAUAUUGUAUCUGUGGCCAUUUUGUGUUGGACAUUUUACGACGCUCCUCGUAAUCCACUUAAUUCUCUGGGCACAGAAUGGCACAAGGGAAAGCAAUCAAUGUGGGCUUUUAGAAGCUCCCCGUAAUAAAUCCAGAGAGACUCGAGUGAACCUGCCUCCGCGAAAUAGGUUUUUAUUCUUGGCUUUUAUUUUUUUGUUUUAGGUUUUGGUUUUUCUUUUUGUCACGGUUUACUUUUUAGAUUUCGAGGACUGCUAUUUUUUUCUAUUUAAGAAGAAAAGCAACCAACCCAGUGGAGACAAAAGAUUUCUACUGAUCAAUAUGUAUAUAGUCUUUUGCUAUGUUCCAAAUAAAGUUAAUAAAUCCUAACAAAUUACAUUUUGAAGUUUUAAGUGUCUUUUAAUGCAUUUGAUCAUCUAAUCAGACUGCCUAUGCCAUAGUCUUAAAAUGUUUGUCAAUUGGGGGGGGAUUUUCUGUGAAAGAGGCACCGACUUGUACACUAAUGCCAUCAGAUUUGGACUGUUUCUGUAUUUCAUGGGAUGUUGUAUAGUGUGAAAGAAACAAAAAGACUUGCACAGCUGUUUAGACUUGUUAAUUGUUUUGGGACAUGUUAAUAGACUUGUUUAAUUACAUUUAUGGCAACCACCAUCUGACAAAUAGGCUAUUUUCUGAUGAAUGUAUGUAGAAUGUCUUAUUUUUGAUGACUGCUAUUUGAUAAAUAUGGUAAAGCUUGAA